UGCCGGUUGUUUUUUGCAGCAAACGCCAGAAAACAUAACCUAACUUAACCUCUCAUGUCCGAUAUAAAUCCAUAAAACCUGAUCAGUGAUUGUAUAUUCAUGGAUAAAAACUAUCGUUCGGUUUAAGAAUUGAACAACGAUAAUAGACAUUGUUGAAGAAUGAAGACUUAUCUAAUAUUCUUGGGAUCAGUCUGUUUGUUACUAUCACUUGGUGCUAAUGCCAAUGACAGUUCGAAGAGGAAAUUACAAAUUGGUAUAAAGAAACGAGUGGAAAAAUGUAAAGUCAAAUCGAAAAAGGGGGAUACUUUGUACGUGCAUUAUGUGGGAACUUUGGAAGAUGGUACAGAAAUUGACAGUAGUUAUAUUUAUGGUGAACCCUUGCCGGUGACUUUAGGCUAUCGCCAAGUCAUCAAAGGAUGGGAACAAGGUCUCAUGGGAAUGUGUGAAGGAGAAAAGAGAAAACUUGUAAUACCACCAGAUCUGGCAUACGGAACACCUGGUGCAUUACCGAAAGUACCUCCAGAUGCAACCGUUAUAUUCAUCAUAGAACUCAUAAAACUUGUGCCAAAAGAAGAACUGGAAGAAGUUGAUGAUGUUGUUAUUCGAGAUGAACUUUAAUUCUACUUUUCAACCUGUGAAACCAUUUUUAUCUGAUAUCGAAUGAAUUUGUAUUGCAG